CUUUCACUUCAAAGCAAUAAGACUACUGUGGAAGGGUGUCUAUCUGUUCUUUUUCCUGCCACACUUUUGACCUCACCCUCAUCCAUCCUACACCACAACAAGGUUCAUUCAUGUCUUGAGCCUGACUCUCCGCGGCCUUCACUCUGCUAGUUCUCAUUGAGCUGCCUUCACUUUGCUGGUUCUCAUUGAGCUUCUCUGCUUUUCAAACAGUACAGCAAUCCAACCUCUGAAUACAAAACCACGUCGACUGGCAUCUAUCAAUCAUUGCUCCCCAUCAUAUCCUACCUUUCCUCGGAUCAAUCCAAGAUGCGCAGACCAAGCAGUGUCGCACCUGACCGUACAGGCACUCAUCAUCAGCCCAUCAUGAUCGAUGAUGAUGACGACGACUACAUGAAUACGAACAUGUACAAUAUGAUCACUAUCGACGAUAAAGAGGGCAAUCCCUAUGAUACGAUCACUAUCGAAGACGACAACAUCGAUGAUGAUGACGUGGAAUUUAUUUCUGAGCGAACUCCGGUCACUGACAACGAUGCUCGCUGGGGCGCGCCCCAAUCGUCAAGCCCUGCAAGUACCCCCAAAAGAAGACCAAAAAGACCCUUCGUUGUCUACGAGCCCAGGACGAAGCCUAUUGUCAACACGGCAUUCCUUGAAGCACAUUGGGUCUCGGACAAGCACUGUGUCGUUCCCGGUCUUACCGUUGAGCUGCGCAUAGAUCCCAGUGCUCCCUUCAAGUGCGGUGAUUUCCUUCGUAUCGAGAGCAUAUUUGAGGAUCUGGACACCAAGAAUGUCUACCUUAGAGGUAUUCUCUUCCGUCGCGCUAGGACUCUAGAGGGCAUGCUUCCCAAAAAGCUCAACGAAGUGUAUCAAGUCCUUCAGCAUAACCUAGGAGAUUCCCGUCCUAUCCACACGCAAUCUCUCCAUGACGUUCCUGUCAAUCUGGCCACUGGAAUUCGUGGCUUGAGACACACCAAUGCUCUGUUCCCUCAAAACAGUUUCCGCACAUUCGAAGACAUGACUGGACGAAACCCAGCUUUUGUCCAAGCCAAUGCCGGGCUCACAUGCAGAUGGAAAAGAGUCUUCCAGUACACUAACGCCACGGAUCUGAUGACUGGCUAUCCACAUGUGCAGUCUCUUGAGAGACUGACCGACGCCGAAUGUGAUGAAGGUCUGGCCAUUCCGGACUUCAUGCUGCGUCGAGCUGUUCCCGAAGUCGACUCUGACCUCUCUGUCGUUGACCUUACUGCUGAAGAAGCAGCCAGCAAAGAUGCUAAGGGCUUAGCGGAUAUCCUAGGUCAGAUGGGAAAGAUGCGCAUCUCGGACCUAAGGGCCGACUCAGCCUUCACAUUCGCCGACUUCUUCUGUGGAGCUGGAGGCGUUUCGGUCGGAGCUAAGAUGAGUGGCUUCAAGAUUUUGUACGCCGUCGAUCACGACAAGGAUGCCUGCUCUACAUAUCGUCUCAACUUCCCUGGCACACAAGUGUUUGAAGAAAGCAUUCACGACAACUUGACUUGUCGCAAGCAGAGCAAUGCGCAUGUUCGUUGUUGCCACAUGAGUACGGUUUGCAAGACUGUCUCUACCGCCUACACCGUCAGAGGCAAGAAUCACGACGCUAACGAGGCGACUCUUUUUUGUAUUUCGGACAUCCUGCGCAAGGCUACGCCUAUGGUUGCUACGCUUGAGCAGACCUUUGGUGCUCUCAACAAGGGCAAGAAGCAGAUUUUCAACGACUUCGUCUGGCAGUUUACUUCCAUGAACUACUCAGUCAAGUGGGCCGUUCACACUCUCUCUGAGUAUGGUGUCCCUCAAGCCCGAAAGCGUCUCAUAAUGCUCGGAGCCUGCCCUGGUCAUCCAUUGCCAGACUUUCCUUUACCCACUCAUUCUCCCUCUCCCGCCAACCCUGUUGUCGGUCUGAGGCCCUCAGUGACCAUUGCCGAUGCCCUCCAACCCAUCCGCCACAAUACACCAAACCACAACCCAGGCAACCUGGAUCCCAAAGACUUCCUGCCAUACAGCCCUCACCAGCUGGUGAGAGGAUGCAUAACCACUAGCGGUGGCUUAAACAACUGGCAUUACAGUGGCAAGCGUCAUUACACCGAGCGAGAGUUUGCGUGCUUCCAAACCUUCCCCCUGGACCAUGUGUUCAUUGGCAACAGAACUUCUGUCGUUCAGCAAGUUGGAAACGCAGUCCCACCUGCGUUCUCCUCGAAGCUUUACGCAAGCAUUCGCAAGUGCUUCGAAGAGGUUGACGAGGAAGAUCGUGAAAGAGUUGCACCUAUCGAUUUGACUCACGACGACGACGACGUUGAUGUCGACAUCGAGCAAAUGAUGAAAGACGAGAGAGUUGUUAUGGACUUGACUUGAGUUACAUGUGCUGUAUGGACUUUUCUGCCUCUUUCACGUUCUUCACAAGUCAGCCAGCCACAUUGUUUUUUCCCCUGCAUGUUUUCCUU